UUGACAGCAGUAUGUUUCUUAGUUCCGGUUGUCAGCGUUAACCCUCUCACGUUGUACAAAUAAAGUCGUUUUAUUUUUAAGCCCUUCAAGACAGCGUCUUUCCGUCUGAGAAGAUCCUGCGUGGGGUGUUUUGAAACAUGCACUGAGGGGACACAGUGACGGUUCUGAUCCUGUUUGGUUAACUUCACUUCAGCUUCGCUUUGAGCCAGAUGGCUGCAAAAAGCAGGUUUGUGCUGCAGAGGCUGUUCAAUGGACUGAGAACUCAGAGUUUAUGGCUUCAGAGCUCCAAGUCGACCUCAAGUCAAGGACGCCUCCUGCAGAGAGCUCAGAUCAGGGCAGUGAGCUGCUCUCAUGGACUGUGCAGGUCUGCUUCUGCUCUCACAGGUCCCAGCAGUUUGUCAUUCAGGACUCACACAUGUGGGGAGCUCAGAUCGGAUCAUGUGGGAGACAAAGUCACUCUGUGUGGCUGGGUCCAGUAUCUCAGACAAGAUUUGUUUGUCAUCCUGCGAGAUUUCACUGGCCUGACACAGAUUCUCAUUCCUCAGGAAGAAUCUGCCAGUGGUUUGAAAUCAGCGCUGUGUGAUCUCACGGUGGAGUCGGUCAUCCAGGUGACAGGAACUGUGAGACUUCGUCCAUCAGGACAAGAGAACAAGGGGAUGCCGACAGGAGAAAUUGAAGUCCUGGCAGAAAAUGUCGAGAUUUUUAACAUAUGUCAAAAGCUUCCUUUUGAAAUUAAAGACUUUGUUAAAAAAUCUGAGUCGUUACGAAUGCAGUAUCGGUACCUUGACCUGAGGUCGUCACAGAUGCAGCAGAACCUCAGACUGAGGUCUCAGGUGGUGAUGAAGAUGAGAGAUUAUCUCUGUAAUGUACAAGGUUUUGUGGAUGUGGAAACUCCUACUUUGUUUAAAAGGACACCAGGGGGAGCCAAAGAGUUCGUGGUUCCAUCCAGAGAGCCGGGGAUGUUUUACUCUUUGCCUCAGAGUCCGCAGCAGUUCAAGCAGCUUCUCAUGGUGGCGGGUGUGGACAGAUACUUCCAGAUAGCUCGCUGCUACCGAGACGAAGGCUCCAAGCCAGACAGGCAGCCCGAGUUCACCCAGGUGGACAUCGAGAUGUCGUUCGUGGAGCAGGCGGGCAUCAUGUCUCUGGUGGAAGGUUUGCUGCAGCACUCCUGGCCCCCAGAGAAAGGCCCCAUCAAGGUUCCUUUCCACACUAUGAAGUACGAGGAGGCCAUGAGGGACUACGGUGUGGACAAGCCUGACACCAGAUUCAAUAUGAAGCUGAUCGACCUCAGUGAAGUUUUUUCAGCCUCGGAUGUUGAGUUCCUGAGAUCUGCUCUUAGCAAACCUGGAGGCACCGUCCAGGCCAUCUGUGUCCCCGGAGGAGCAAAUCUUUUCACUGGGAAAACUUUGGAUGAACUUAAACAAGCAGCCAAGACUCAGUUUGGACAGGAGCUGAGUGUGGUGCUAAUCAGAGCCGACGGGACGCUGAAGUCUCCCCUGAAGAAGCUGCUGUCUCAGUCCGUCACUGACAAUCUGCUGAAGACGACUGGAGCCAAACCGGGAGACGUGCUGCUGAUGGCAGCUGGGUCCCUGCACACUGUGCGUCCAUUGCUCGGCCACCUUCGCCUGCAGUCUGCACAGCUCCUGGAGUCCUCUGGCGUGACACUCCGCGACCCCUCCGCCUUUCACUUCCUGUGGGUUGUGGACUUUCCUCUUUUCCUGCCCAAAGAAGACAAACCAGAGGAGCUGGAGUCAGCUCAUCAUCCGUUUACUGCUCCACUGCCAGAAGACUCACAGUUACUCUACACAGAACCACACAAGGUUCGAGGUCAACACUAUGACCUGGUGUUAAAUGGCAGUGAGAUUGGAGGAGGCUCCAUUCGAAUCCAUAAGGCAGCUGAGCAGCAUCACGUCUUGAAGAAUAUCCUCAAGGAGGACACCACACUCCUCUCCCACUUACUGGAGGCCCUGGAUUCAGGCGCGCCGCCUCACGGAGGCAUCGCUCUGGGUUUGGAUCGGCUGAUCUCCAUCAUGGUUGGGGCAAAUAGCAUCCGGGAUGUCAUCGCCUUCCCCAAGUCGUUUCGGGGUCACGACCUCAUGAGCCGCGCCCCCGACUCACUAUCCGAAGAGGAGCUGAACGCCUACCAUAUCUCUGUCAAAUGGCCAACAAAGCACGAACGAUGCGAAGAAGACGAGAGGAAAUGAGAAAAUAAUAAAACAAAGGAAAAAGGCGCUGGUUUCUCUGAUGUCUGUAACCAUGACAACAGAGGAGAGAGAGCGUGAGGACGAGGUGACACAGGUGUGCAGAUGUCCAGCAAGAAUUGCAGAGAUUGUAGAUUAUAAAAUCUGUAUGAGCUGUCCAGCAGAGAUAACAAGGGAAGAGAGACUUAAAGAGGCAGUGUGGAUGAAAGUCAGCAUAAAGGCUCUGAAUCAUGGGAAAAUCAAACAUGGAAACAACCUCAACAAGCGAUUCCCUAACAAAAAUGAAUGAAAGAUUACCACAAAGUGACUUGUGGUUGGGCUUUAACAGCUGAAAGUUGUGUUGAUUUGUUUAUGAGGUAACUUUCACCUGAAAAAAAAAUCCACAUCACUCAAGAAUCAAUUUAAAUUUACGCACACUUGAGAUAAAUUAUUACUUUUAUAAUAAUACUGCUCUGAGGGAGCAGAAAGGUGUCAUUAAUGUGGAGAGGGAGGUCUGGCAGAGUGAAAGGAUUGUUGUCAUAAAUGGCUUUGAAAGCAUCAAGAAGAAUUUUUAAUUCUUAAUGCAUAAUGAUAUGUUCACGUUCAACUGUUGACCACUUCUUACACUCAUGGGGCAGGGCUUUUUGUUACCCAUUACCAUUUUCUGCAAGUGAAAAUUCAGUAUUUUUGAUUUUAAAUGGUUGAGAAAACCUUGAUAAAUAUCAACGUUUUGACAAAGAGAUUACUGUGAAUGUUUUAUAAAAAGCAACUGAUCCCCCUAAUCAAAACUGUUAACACUAUUUAAGAUUUUAUUUGUCAAAUGUAGUUUUAUCAGUCAGGAGAAUGAACUAAUAAAGAUGUGAAGGUAAUUUCAAAUUUUGUAAAUGUCUUUGCAAUUCAAAUUAAUAGUCAAGUAUCGUAAAGAGAGGAAAAUCAAUAUUUUUGGCAUGAAUGUAUUGCAAUUAAAUCAAUCUUUUAUGUUUUUCUGAAAAUGCACAAUUAAUUUGUAAAGACUGAUCAAGUAAUGCCAUUUUUAAGGUAAAAAAAAAAAAAAAAGUGAGUAUGUCAGCAGUUUUCAGAUGUUCAGGAAGUUUUUUUUUUCCACAGGUGAGGAGUGUAGGAACAAGGCUUCGCAUUGUUUAUUUCUAACUGUGAGAACACUACCAACAGUAAACCUCUUCAUGUAUGUUUCAUACCGUGUAAGUAAAUCUAAGAUGCAUUUUGGCCCGAGAACAUUCAAAGCUUCAUAGACAAGAUAUAAGAUUUUGAAGUGAGUCCUUUUACACACUGGCAGUCAGUGUCGAGAUUUAUGCACACGUGUAAUGUGCUCCACAGUCUGUUUUGGUGAGGACCGUGGUUGCAAAGACAGACAUCUAAUGUGGAUACACACUAAUACAAUAAUCCACCUUAAUGAGA